AUGUUUGCCAGUUGCACCACUACUAACUACAAAUACAUACAUUCCUAUUUUUUCUUCUUCUCACAAUUGUUGUCGAAGCUUCAUCACGCCCACCGUCCAGAGCAAGAAGAAAGAGAGAAAGAAAGGAAACAAUGAGUAGCAGUAGUAAUUUGGAGACGCGAUCAAUCAUUGAUGAGCUGCGCAACUUCGAUAAGAGUGGUCUAUUUGAUUUGGGCCACCCUCUUCUCAAUCGUAUUGCUGAAAGCUUCGUAAAAGCUGCUGGGAUUGGUGCAGUUCAAGCAGUAGCACGCGAGGCUUAUUUAACAGCUGUUGAAGGUGCAGGUGCGGAUACUAGUGGUAUACCGCCAGAAAUUUCUGCUGCUAAAAGGCAUCGAUUUCCCGACCUCAGAGGAGAAACUAAUGCAAAGACUGUGGAAGCUUUGGUUAAGGGCACUGGAAAAGAAUCUCUACAAUGGGGAUUGGCUGCUGGAAUGUAUUCUGGUCUUACAUAUGGAUUAAAGGAGGCUCGUGGAGUUCAUGAUUGGAAAAACAGCGCAUUAGCUGGAGCUGUUACUGGGGCUGCAUUGGCACUAACGUCAGAUGGUCAUUCGCACGAGCAAAUCGUGCAGUGUGCCAUAACUGGUGCAGCCAUAUCAACUGCGGCAAAUCUCCUCACAGGAAUAUUCUAAAAGUUCAACGCUUGCUUGCUGAGUUAUUGGACUGGGAAACCCAGUGAUCGUAUAUUAAACGAGUAGCCAUUUGGGUAGACAUAUGUCCUUUCUGCUGCUUGAAUCAAGGAUUGACUUUUGAUAUUGUAUGAUGAAGUUGUUUUGUAGCAGUACUAGUUUUGCAUUGGACAAGUGUCAUAAUUAGCACAUCUUUUACGUGCUUACAAAUUGUUAAGAAGCCUCGUGGAGUUCCCCCCAGUCUAUCACUUCAUAUCGUGACUUCACAUUAUUUUGAGUCACUUUUGGAGAACCCUUUUGAUUGAGAAGCUUGGUGAAAAACAAUAUCCACUCCAAGAGUGGGAUCUUCUCUUGGCUCAUGCUGAAUUUGCUUACAAUCAAUUCACUAGUAAA